AUGCCUCGUUUCAACGUUCUCCAGCUGCUCAUCGCAGCGCUGAUGAUCCUGUCCGUGGUCAUUGCUACCGACCAGCGCAACGAGGACAAUCUUGUCCACCGUGAGUCCCUCCAGGAUCUAUUCGCCGACACCGAUGCGAACCGCAUUCACCUUGCUCUCCACGUGUUGUCCGACAAAUUCCAAGACGGCGUUUUCCCAACUGACAUGAGUGCCGCCGAGGCCCUUCAAGGUGAAGAUCAAAACAUCGCUAGUAUCUUCAAGAUCAUGAAAAGAGAGAGCAAUGCGACCGCCAGUGCAUCUGCCAACCCCACCACCAGUGACACUGCCGCCACCUCUACCGAUUCGAGCACCGACGCUGCGACCACUGAUUCCACCGAGUCGACCGAUAGCACCACUUCUUCCACUUCUAGCUCUAGCUCGAUCUCGACCCCCACUUCGACUGAGGCUACUACCACCUCCACUUCCACAUCCACAUCCACAUCGAGUACCCCAACCUCGACGAGCGAGAGCUCUACUUCUACCUCUACCUCUUCUACCUCCACCACUUCCUCUACUUCUUCCACUUCUACCUCAAGCACCACCUCCACUUCCACCUCCACCACCACCACCUCAACUACCUCGACUUCGUCGUCUACCUCCUCCACAUCGACCAGCUCCUCCACCUCGAGCUCGUCGUCCAGCUCGACUGAGACGCAAACCACCCUCACAACCUCUGCUAGCCUCAGCACCUCGACCUACGAGAGUACCACUACUCUGCCCGAUGGCAGUCUCAGCACCGUCACCGCUGUGACAGUUGUGCACGUCCACCCCACUGGUGUGUCAGCGACCACCACCACUUCCGCCAACCCUGGUCUUCAGACCGGUGGCGCCGCCAUGCCCACCGGCCUCACUCGCGAGGUCGUCGCCAUGGUUGGUGGUGCAGUUCUUGUCGCCAUGGCUCUGUAA